AGAACAGUGAAAUGAGACCUUCUGACACAGGCUUUUCUAAUGGUGUAGAAGAAGCAGAGUAAACUCGCACACACUGCUCUCAGAUACAAAAAGGAGAAAGGAAAGGACUAAGUUUACCAUACCACUGAAAAGUGCAAGCCAUCAAAGAUGUUAUAAAACUGUUCCUAGAACAGGCCUUCGAUAUGAAAGUCACACGCUUCAUGUUUUGGCUCUUCUCCAUGCUACUACCAUCUGUCAAAAGCCAAGCUUCUGAAACAGAAGUCCCAUGUAAUUUCAGCAGAAGGAAUUACACUUUGAUUCCAGAGGGUAUCAGUACCAAUGUUACCAUUCUUGAUCUCAGUUAUAACCGAAUUACUCUGAAUGCUGCAGAUAGCAGGGUGCUGCAGAUGUACUCUUUACUCACUGAGCUCUACCUGAUGGAGAAUAACAUCAUUGCCUUAUAUAACAGCAGUUUCAGGAAUCUUCUCAACCUAGAAAUUUUAAAUAUCUGUGGAAAUUCAAUCAGUGUAAUUCAACAGGGUUCAUUUGUUGGCUUAAAUGAACUAAAACAAUUAUUUCUUUGCCAAAACAAAAUAUUACAACUGAAUCCCGAUACAUUUGUGCCUCUAAAUAACCUAAAAGUUCUGAAUCUGCAAGGCAAUUUGAUACGCCUCUUCGAUGCACCACAGCUACCUCAUCUGGAGAUACUAACUCUGGAUGGAAAUCCAUGGAACUGUACCUGUGGUCUACUUGAGUUGCACAACUGGCUGAACACGUCUAAUGUGACAUUAGAAAACGAGAACAUGACCAUGUGUAGCUACCCAGAUGAGCUAAAGCACGACAGCAUCAAGUCAGCGCCCUUCACAACUGAAUGCCACUCUACAUUUAUUUCCACUAUAACUGAAGACUUUCAGUCCACUAGGAAUUCAUCUUUCAAUAGCUCUUCACACAACUUAACAUGGACCUCAGAGCAUGAGCCUCUUGGGAAAAGCUGGGCUUUCCUGGUUGGUGUUGUUGCCACUGUACUGCUAACUUCACUGCUUAUCUUCAUUGCUAUCAAGUGCCCAGUAUGGUACAAUAUUCUGCUGAGUUACAACCACCAUCGCCUGGAAGAGCAUGAGGCAGAAACCUAUGAAAAUGGUCUUACAAGAAACCCAAGUUCUCUUUCACAAAUAACAGAUACGAACUCUGAAGACACCACAGUGAUAUUUGAACAGUUGCAUGCAUUUGUGGUAGAUGAUGAUGGGUUUAUUGAAGACAGAUACAUAGAUAUCAAUGAGGUACAUGAAGAAAAGUAAUUUUAUCGUGUUUAAAUUCUGAAAAAUACUUUCAGACUAUUUACAGCUUAGACAGAGAUUUUUAUUUGGCAAACAAAACUAUAAACAGCAAACCUUCAUAUUAAUUAGUACCUUAUGUUAAUAUCACAGUUAUUACUUUUUUCUAUAUGUCACAAGGAAGUCUAAAUGCAAUUACUCAUACACUGGUUAGCUGUAAGUUUAAUGAUUUAUCUAUACUACCAGCAUUUACUAGUGUCAGCAGUGUUCGGGAAACUACAGACUGCUAAAAACAAGGCCUAAGGACAAUUAUUUAUCAACUAAAAUGAGCAGAUUCUUAUAUUAAAAAAUACACAUGCUGUGAUGUCUUAAAUUAUACUAAAAUUGUAAUCAAUAAAGAAAUACAAAUUUUAGGCUUAUAUUAUCAAAGUGAGGAACAGGCAGCUUUAACUAUAUAAAGUGAUCUUAUGUUCACAAAUGAAUUCACAGAAUUAAAGAAUAUGCUGCCUAAACUUAAAAACAAAAUUUCCUCAAAAAUUUGUAGCACUUUAAAGCACAGAUGUAGUGAUUUGGAAUAAUCCCUACUAACCACUACUGCAUUUGACAGUGGUUGUUAGGAAGAAUUCCAUAUACAACUGCCAUGAUUGAUAUUACAAUGGCUCCUAAAAUGGGCAUCAUAACAAUUAUGAAUUUUCUUUAAAAGACUAAACGUUUCUCUAUUUCUUUUGGGAGAUUAUUUUUAAAAUUAUUGUGAGCUAGAACUGAGAAUAUUUAAGUAAUCCACACACAUCUAUCUCUGUUUCAAUAAACAGAGCAAUGUUUCCCAAAUUGAUUUGUAGAACACUGAUUUUCUAUAAUGACACUGACAACCAUUUAUAGAGGAAGAAAAAGGCAACUGGUCAAAUUACUGAAGGAAUCUAAAUCUAAACAUAGUUAAAGAUUUUUUUCCUUUAGUACUUAUAGAUUUUACUAAGUUCAGGUGUUCUCUGAUAACUCAAGAGUACAGUACUAAGUUUUUGAAGGGCAUCUAUAUAGCAUGUUCAGGUCCCUGGGUUCAUUUCUCUCUCUCUCCUCUCCUCUCUCUCUCUCUCUCUCUCUCUCUCUCUCUGUAUGUGUAUUCCAUACACACACAGAAACAUUAAAAUUUAUUUGAUAAACAAACCCUUUCUUGGAAGAAUAGCUAAUAGCUCACAACAUAUUAAUAGAUUAAAAGACACAUUCUGAAAAAAUAGCCCUAACAUAGGAAGGGUCUAUCUAAAGUGAAAUGUUUGCCAAUUCUCUUAUAAUAGCUAAGCCGCAAAUAUUAUUUUAACAACUUAACAGUUUAAAGAAUGAAAUUAAAAACCAGCAAAAUAUGUAUUUUACCAUUGUAUACAUGGAAAAACUAAGUGUAUUUACUUGCAUCUGUAAAACACUGAACAUUUAUGGAUGAAGUAGUGUAACACAUUUUCUGUGAUUUUCUUUGUAUACAUGAGAAGGAAAAGAGUUGAAGAUGGAACACAGGUAGAAAUGUGACAACAGACCUUGGUACAUGAUACACGAGCAUACAAUGCUCUGACAUUCCAAUUUCUCUUUAAUAAAGAUAUUCAAAAGAAUGUACAUGAUACCUUCUUACAAAAAAAGACUAAUAAUGAAGAUCUUUUCAUAAUUUUCAAAUAAUGCUCAUCAAGGACAAUGUACAAAGCCUACUGAUUGAUAACUUCUUUCACUGAAGUGGAACUAAACGAUCAUAGUUCAAUCUACUUAAAAGCCUAGGUUAAAAUUCUAAGUGCUAGAUAUAAAGACAUAAUUCGUCUUAGAGUUUAAGUCUUUAGAAGCAGAAAUCUUCUUAUAAACUGGGUAGACCUUCCCUUUGUAUAGAAUUUAGCUCCUUGGGAGUAAAUAAAACAGCAUAUAUUUGACAUUUAGAUAAAUUUAAUAUUAAGAUGUUAUGGUAAAUUAAGAAAUGAUGAUACAUUUUCUAUUACAAAUAUGUACUUUAAAUGUAAGGUUUCAGUAAGAUGCCAGUUGUGGUUCUUGUUAGUAAUCCCAGCACUUGGGAGACAGAGUCAGAGAUACUGACAAACUUCUGGGUUUGAGUACGAUAUCAACUCAUAAGAAUCCAACAAUUAAGGGCUGGAGAGAUGGCUCAGUGGUUGGGAGCACUGAAUACUCUUCCAGAGGCCCCAGAUUCGGUUCUCAGCACCCACAUGGCAGCUCACAGCUCUCUGUGGCUCCAGUUUCAGGUGCUCCAAUGCCCUUGCAAGACAUAUACGCAGGAAGAAUGUCAGUGCACAUGAAAUAAAAACAAAUAAAAGUUUAAUCCAACAAUUAACAAAAUCAAAAUAAGAGAAAAAGUUAAAAUUGUAUAAGGAAAUAAAUGACUCACAAGUUAAGUCACAUACCAAAAUUCAUUUAUGCAUAUGUACUUACGCUUGUCUUUCAGUAAAUAUGACAUCCAUACUUUGUGUUUCUCUGUCAUUUUGAGCUUUAAGCUGUGUAAACAGUUAACACAGACAUUAUUCAUUAAAAAUAAAGGGUAAGCACC